AUGCGCAACUGGUCAAGCGUGUGAGUCUGUCCACGCGCGCCUCUGUUUCCCCCCACCUCCACGCGCCUCCACGUGCCUCCACCUCCACAUCCUCCUCCUCCUCCUCCUCCCCCCGGCCCGGCGUGACCGACCGACCGACCGACCGACCGCACACCCCCCGCACGACCGCACCCUCUAUCGCCCAAGCUGGCGACGGUCAACGCCCAACAGCAGGCUCCGACCAGCCAGGAGUGGUUGGCCAAACUCAAGGCGACUCGGGUCAGUCCCAGUCCCACUCGUGACUGUAUUGCCCCUCCCUCUCCCUCCGAGUUUCCACCCAGACCACCCUGACGACCCGCUCUUUCUGUCUUUCUGUCCUCUCCUACGCACGCAACCCUCAUCCCAGUUGGAAGCCGCCCAAGCGACCCAGUUCGAGCUCAACAAAUCCUACGACCAAGCCUUCUCCCUCUACCUCUCGUCCGCGCAAUCGUACCUCUACCUCAUCCGCCACUGCUCCGAUCCUCUGCAAAAGGAACAGCUGAGGAACAUCAAUCGAGGCGUGUUGGAACGCGCGACGAGGCUCAAGCAGAGCGGUCAAUUGCGAACUCGCACGUGCGGGACUGGGAACGGGAACGGGAACGGGAACGGGAACGGGCUCGGUACAGCGGCCAAGGGCAAGCGCAAGCGCGAGGGCAAGCGCAACGAACGACUCGGUCUCGGUCAGUGGGAGCAACGGUCGAAUUUGCUUCUUCGAGGGAGGUAACAUGCUCACGGCGACGUGUGCCUGACCACAGAGGAACAGGACUUGGUCUUGGAAAGAUCGAGCAACUUCAACCAGAAACGAUUCGAGAGAUGGGGUGACGCACCAGCACCAGCACCAGCACCAUCACCAGCACCCUCAUCGCAAGUCCCAACCGCUCCUGUGCCCGGAUCCCGAACCGAGAACUUAUUCCCCCCUCGACCGUCCCAACUCAACAGAUCGCGAUCACUUCCAAUCGCACAACCUUCUCUAGUCUCCGCAUCAACUUCAUACAAAAGACCCUCACCUACCGCCCCCGUCAUCGUCCCCGAACGACUCUCGGCCCUCGAUAUCGUGCAGGACAAUAUCGGCGAUUGCUCACUCGUCUCGGCGUUGAUCAUUUGUGCUCAACACGCGGCGACGUUCGGGACCAAGGUAGGUUUUAUCGCUGACGAUGGAGUUAUCCGCAAUUGUAGAGGAGCUGAGCUUGGCGUUAUGGGCGGUCUUGCGAUCAUAUAGCUCGGCCUGGAUUGUCUCUACCCCAAGGAUGCGCAGGGCUGGCCUUGCAAGAGUGCGGAUGGGGUAUACGAAGCCAAGUUUUGGCUCAAUGGUUUGUGGAGAAGAGUACGUCCUCACAAACCUUCUGACUGUGGACCGUUCGCUGAUCAUGGUGGAAACCUUCGAUUCCCUUCGCAGGUUGGUAGGGUAUUCCCGAGAGGUCGGCACCUGAUCAAGAAAUGGGAGACUCACCCAUCCGGAUCAUUUUCGCUCGCAGUGUUCGAUGACCAACUCCCGCAUUCAACACUCACCUCCGAACCGAGGUUCGCUACCACGACCCAUCGAGAUCAAUUGUGGCCGGCGUUGAUCGAAAAAGCUGUCGGUCUUUAGAAUAUCGCUCUAUCAAGUCGAGGGAACUACGAGCUGAUUUCCCAGGCCGAUGCGUCACGACCCAGUAUAUGACUUUGAUGGGGACGUAUGAUUUCGCUGGCUCGUGAGUGUUUGUAACUAGAUUUGGAAGAUUCGAUGAUGCGCUGCUGAAAGAUGAUAGCUUUUUUGCCGACGCAGCAAUUCGGGUAUCGACGUGCAGUAGGUGGUCCCAUGCCCAACCUCGAAGAGUUUGACCUCUUUUUUCAAACUGACGUAAAGACGGUGUUCGACGCAGUGCUCUCACCGGAUGGAUACCUGAGCAUAUAUCACUCAAGUACGUUAUGUUCCCUUAUUUGGCCUGACGUGAUUCACAGCUGAUGAAAACUUGAUCGCCUCGAUGCCCCCCUCAGUUCGAACUUUCGGUCGGAAAAGACUUGGCAGCGGUUGGUCAAAGGAUGGAAAGCGGGGACGUGUGUACUUACGCUUGGGACCGGCAAGUCACCACGGGAAGGCUGGGAGAGCCGACAUAGCUAUGCCGUCACUGGUGAGUAACCCCUUUGCUGCACAUGUAUGGAACUUGCCAGGGGCUCAGUGAGCGCGUCUCUUACAGGUUUGACGGAAACGAAGGAAGGGCAUCGACAUGUCCGAUUUGUCAAUCCUUGGAGAGCGGCGAUGUGGACCCGAGACUUGUCGGUGGCCAUGCCUGAAACGGAGAAGGACCACCCCCGGGAACCUACCGAGGUCGAUUGGGAUACGAUCGCGAAUUCAUUCGAGGCGAUUCAUGUCAAUUGGGAUCCGAAGGGGUUUGAGCAUACGUCUAUGGUCCAUUGGUCAGUGUUGGACCCCUUCGAAAGAUUAGAGACUGCGCUUACUUUUCGGCUGGGUGGCUUUGCAGUUCGAUCCCAGGUCCAUCGACCAAAUUAGCCAACGAGCCCCUCAGUCCUCGGUCAACUCGACUGCGACUUCGCCUCGCGUCGAGUCCGACCGUUCCAGCCGAAGUCUGGAUCCUCUUGUCUCGACAUAGGUCCAUAGCGAAUGAUCGGAACGAGUUCAUCGGCCUUCAUGCCGUCAAAUCCUUAGCGGGUGGGGGUGGACAUGGUCGGACCGAGGAGCCCAAUGUAAGUGGGGGACGGGACGGGAGUCCGCCCGGCCAGACGAUAGCUGAUCUACUUCCGAGCGCACAGACCGAUUACACCGAUAACCCAUUCCUAUUGUAUCGCCUCCUCGUCGACCCUUCGACGCUCUGCUACGAGCUGUUCGUUUCGCAUCGAGCCUCGAGCCUCGACGACACCAGAUUCACGCUGGGAGCGUUCGCACAGUUCCCUGUCAGCAUCGAGGAAGGGCCGCUACCGUUGGCAUUCUCAGAGUCGGUAAAUUGGUCGUCUUCUUCUGCAGGAGUGUGGUUGGGGGGAGGAGGUGCUCAUCAUCCGAUCCUCGCACAGAUCGAGUCACAAUGGACCUCCAAAACCGCCGGAGGGAAUCACACCUGCCCAACCUUCUACACCAACCCACAAUACUCAAUCCGACUCGUCGCACCACCGAACAAACCCAGCGCCAGAGCCGUAUUGAGCCUCACCGCAGAGACGAGCAAAGACGUUUCGAUCAAUGUUAAAUUGGUGCGGAAUCGGGGAGAAAGGGCCGAUCGACUGGAGGAGAGGGAUGUGGUGGCGGGGUCGUCGACGUAUACGUAUGGGAUUGGGUCGUUGAGGCAUGAGGAUUUAGCGGGUGAGUACAAUCUCUGAAGACCGCUACCCCACGUCCCUGCUCGAUAGGCGCGCUGAACGAUACCAAUCUCUCCGCUUGCGCAGUCAACACCGCGUACACCGUCAUCAUCUCCUCUUUCGCCCCCGAAGCGCUCGGCACCUUCAAGCUCUCGAUUCAGUCCGACAUGUCCAUCGUGGCCGAGGCCAUCCCUGCUGAAGGGGCAGGGAUGUUUGCUCGAGUUGCUAGAGGGCAGUGGUCAGUGACACUACUCGAACAGUUCUGGUGAUGCGAGACUAAAUAACCUUCGUCCCAUAUUCAGGUCAUCUACCGAAGAUCCUUCCGGGGGGCAAAGCAUCCCACGCCCGCACGAACAGAGUUGGAGAAUUGCCGCAAUGGACAAGACGACUAGGCUUAUGUGAGGAUCAAACUCUGCGCCUUUCAAGUCGCGUUCCUUGCACCUGACUUGUGCGUGGAGAAUAUCCCCGCAGAGUGCGAUUACAAGCGCUGGACCCGCCGGUUGGCCUUUCGUUGAUCCUUCACCCGCUCGUGGAUGAGCAAGGGAGUCUCGGGCCAGCGAUCGCAACGACCGGUGUGUUUUCAGAUGCGGCUUGCGGCGUCGUGAUUCGCGUGUUGAAAUUGCCGGCGAAUGCACUAGGUAAGACUACAAACUUCGAGAACUCGCAUCCAGACAUGGACUGAGAUCGUUGACCAUCCUUGAUCACCAGGCCACGUCGUCGUCGCUCGCACUUCGAGUGGACGACUCGAGCAACCGGUAGAUUUUAAGCUGUUGUUGUAUGCUGAUCAAGCCGUAACCCUGACUCCGAUGUAA